ACCCACAAUGCUUUGCGUGGCCACGUCAUCGCUUCCGACAACACGUUUCAGGAAGUUCCACGUCAGAUUAGCGGUGUAGCGGAGAAGCGCAGAGCUGCAGAGCGAAGCGGUGCUGUAGGUUUAUUAUACAGGAGAAGAGCAGACAUGCCUCUCAGGCUGGACAUCAAGCGCAAGCUCACGGCUCGGUCGGACCGCGUGAAAAGCGUGGAUCUCCAUCCCACCGAGCCGUGGAUGCUCGCCAGUCUGUACAACGGCAGCGUGUGCGUCUGGAACCACGAAACACAGACCUUGGUGAAGACGUUCGAAGUGUGUGACCUGCCAGUGAGAGCUGCCAAGUUUGUCGCGAGGAAGAACUGGGUGAUAACUGGAGCAGACGACAUGCAGAUUCGCGUCUUCAACUACAACACGUUAGAGCGCGUGCACAUGUUCGAGGCUCAUUCUGACUACAUCCGCUGCAUCGCCGUGCAUCCUACUCAGCCCUACAUCCUCACGAGCAGUGACGAUAUGCUCAUUAAGCUGUGGGACUGGGAGAAGAAGUGGUCGUGCAGUCAGGUGUUUGAAGGCCACACGCACUACGUCAUGCAGAUCGUCAUCAACCCCAAAGACAACAACCAGUUUGCGAGCGCGUCGCUCGACAGAACCAUCAAGGUGUGGCAGCUGGGUUCCUCUUCCCCCAACUUCACUCUGGAGGGCCACGAGAAAGGAGUCAACUGCAUCGAUUACUACAGCGGAGGAGAUAAGCCCUAUCUCAUUUCAGGAGCUGACGACAGACUGGUGAAGAUCUGGGACUACCAGAAUAAGACGUGCGUGCAGACGCUGGAGGGUCACGCCCAGAACGUGUCCUGCGUCAGCUUCCACCCCGAGCUGCCAAUCAUCGUUACAGGAUCCGAGGACGGCACCGUGCGCAUCUGGCACUCCAGCACCUACCGGCUGGAAAGCACGCUGAACUACGGCAUGGAGCGGGUGUGGUGUGUGUGCGGCCUGCGCGGUUCCAACAACGUCGCGCUCGGUUACGAUGAGGGCAGCAUUAUUAUUAAGCUUGGUCGCGAGGAGCCUGCCAUGUCCAUGGACACCAACGGUAAGAUAAUCUGGGCCAAGCAUUCGGAGGUACAGCAGGCCAACCUGAAGGCCAUGGGAGACACCGAGAUUAAAGACGGAGAGAGACUGCCACUGGCUGUCAAAGACAUGGGCAGCUGUGAGAUCUACCCCCAGACUAUUCAACACAACCCUAACGGAAGGUUCGUGGUGGUUUGUGGAGAUGGAGAGUACAUCAUCUACACAGCUAUGGCUCUGAGGAACAAGAGCUUUGGUUCCGCUCAGGAGUUUGUUUGGGCCCAUGAUUCUUCUGAGUAUGCAAUCAGAGAAAGCAACAGCGUGGUGAAAAUCUUCAAGAACUUUAAGGAGAAGAAGUCCUUCAAGCCUGACUUCGGAGCGGAGGGUAUCUACGGUGGCUUUCUGCUGGGCGUCAGGUCCGUGAACGGCUUGGCUUUCUACGACUGGGAGAACACGGAGCUGAUUCGGCGCAUUGAAAUUCAGCCCAAACAUAUCUUCUGGUCAGACUCCGGAGAGCUGGUGUGCAUCGCCACGGAGGAGUCGUUCUUCAUCUUGCGCUACCUGGCGGACAAAGUGGCCGCAUCACAAGAGUCCAACGAAGGGGUUACCGAGGACGGCAUCGAGGACGCUUUCGAGGUCCAGGGCGAGAUACAGGAGAUUGUGAAGACAGGUCUGUGGGUGGGAGACUGCUUCAUCUACACCAGCUCUGUCAACCGGCUAAACUACUUUGUGGGCGGAGAGAUCGUCACCAUUGCUCACCUGGACAGGACCAUGUACCUGCUGGGCUACAUCCCUAAAGAUGACCGGCUGUACCUGGGAGACAAGGAGCUGAACAUCGUCAGCUACUCGCUGCUGGUGUCCGUGUUGGAGUACCAGACAGCCGUCAUGCGGCGCGACUUCUCCAUGGCGGACAAAGUGCUCCCCACCAUUCCCAAAGAGCAGAGGACCAGGGUGGCCCACUUCCUGGAGAAGCAGGGUUUCAAACAGCAGGCACUGGCCGUGUCUACUGACCCAGAGCACAGGUUUGAGCUUGCUCUACAGCUCGGGGAGCUGAAGAUUGGCUACCAGCUCGCCGUAGAAGCCGAGUCUGAACAAAAGUGGAAGCAACUGGCAGAGCUGGCCAUCAGUAAGUGCCAGUUUGGCUUGGCACAGGAGUGCCUUCAUCACGCCCAGGACUACGGAGGCCUGCUGCUGCUGGCUACAGCCUCUGGCAACGCCGCGAUGGUGAGCAAACUGGCUGAAGGUGCUGAACGCGACGGCAAGAACAACGUCGCCUUCAUGACCUACUUCUUACAGGGGAAGUUGGACCAGUGUCUGGAACUUCUGAUCAGGACCAAUCGCCUGCCGGAGGCCGCCUUCCUCGCUCGCACCUACCUGCCCAGCCAAGUGUCCAGAGUGGUAAAGCUGUGGAGAGAGAGUCUGUCAAAAGUCAACCAGAAAGCUGGAGAGUCACUGGCCGACCCCACUGAAUACGAGAACCUGUUCCCUGGGCUGAAGGAGGCUUUCCUGGCUGAGCAGUACCUCAGAGAGACCUCUCUGGGCAAGAGCAGACCUGCCACUGACUACCCCCUGGUCACGCCCAAUGAGGAGCGGAACGUGCUAGAAGAAGCCAGCGGUUAUGAACCCAAAAACAUCCUUCCCACCCACACACAGCAGACCGCUGGCCCUGAGGAGGCUGCAGUAGAAGCAGAAGUAUCAGCAGUCAGAGCUGCUCCUGUAGUUACUCCGGUAGCUAGUGUGGCUCCUCCACAGCCUGAACCUGCUAAAAAAGUGGAGGAAGACAUUACACAGUUUAGAGAAAAGACUCUGGAGGAGCUGGAGGACGACCUGGACAACCUGGAGCUGGACGACAUCGACACUACAGACGUCAACCUGGACGACGACUUCUUAGACGACUGAUCGCAUAGCGAGACGUUCAGUUUUAUUUAAAAGACCAAGCCUUUUUUUGUAUUUGUUGUCCUGUCGUUAAUCAGAAAGUCUCCCAGAAGUCAGGAUAUGGAAGGGUGAUGUGGACUGAGAGGGAUAUCUUUUGGGGACAAGCUGUGUGUCGGGAAAAAUAUGGAGAAAUCUUUGUCAAGUCAGAGUUUUGUACUAAAUGCAGGAUCUUCUUGUUUAUUCCUUCUUCUUCACUUGCUUUUUUUUUUUUUUUUUUUUUUUUGCCUUUACAUCAAACUGUACAUUUCGAGUCAUAUCUGACCAUGUGAAUCCGCUUGAUUCAAGUACUCAAUAAAUAUAUGCAUUAAUCUAUAAA